CGGCGGCAAGAUGGCGGACAAAGAGAAGAAGAAAAAAGAGAGCAUCUUGGACUUGUCGAAGUACAUCGACAAGACGAUUCGGGUGAAGUUUCAGGGAGGCCGCGAAGCCAGCGGCAUCUUGAAGGGGUUCGACCCACUCCUCAAUCUCGUGCUUGACGGCACCGUGGAGUACAUGAGAGACCCCGACGACCAGUACAAGCUGACAGAGGACACCCGCCAGCUGGGCCUGGUGGUGUGCAGGGGCACAUCCGUGGUGCUCAUCUGCCCUCAGGACGGCAUGGAGGCCAUCCCCAACCCCUUCAUCCAGCAGCAGGACGCCUAGCGGGCGCAGAGACUCGGGCUGGGCUGUUGGAGGACUCGGAGCCCCCCCCCCCAUGCCCACACUGCGUGCCACCAUAGGAACAGAACUCUCCUUUUUGUAUGGGUUAUGUUUUUGUUUUCUUAAUAAAACUGCAAACCUCAAA